AUGAACAAUAGAAAUACGGUCGUUUAUAUUAAAUUCAGUGGUAUCAAUCGUGAAGAUUUUGCUGAUACGCCAGUUUUUGACUGGAAUUACGAGCAGGAUCGAAAGUUGUGGUCUCUGGUUUCUGUUCUACAAAAUAAGGAAGAUAUUGAUUGGAACUUACUCUCAAAGCAGCUAAAUACCCCUGAGUUCUUUCUAAGGCGAAGAACUUAUAAGCUAUUCAGUGCACACCUAAAGUCUCUGGAACGGGAGCUUCACCGCAAGGUAACACUCAAUGGUCAAUAUGAGGGAAGUCUAGAAAGGGUACGGAAUGGUAUCAACCAGUUAGAAAGCACGAACAUGUCCAGCGAUUCGCAAGAAGAUAAAAACGGAGUCAGUAGCUUGCCAACUUUGAAAAAUACCAGGAAAAAGCACUUGCAAGACAAUGACAAUGGCAAUAGUUCCGGCAUCAGUGAACUUUCCAACUUGAGCGUUAGUAAGUCAGCCUUGGAGGAAGCAUUGAUGGACAGGUUUCAUAUAUAG